AAAUGAAAAAAAUUUUUUAAUUUAUUUAAAUUAAUUUAAAUUGAUUUUAUCAUAGAAAUUGAGCUUCUCAAAGAUAAAAUACUAAAAUAACGAGAGGCUAUUCUUUAAUUAAUUUUACGUAUACUUUUGUCUAACGGGAUUUUUAUUACAGAGUCUUUAUAAGGCCGUGAUGUUUAUAAUAUGAAAGAUGAAAAAUUUUUUUCGUUAAGGUAAUAUGGACGCGUUAUAUAACUGAGAUGUGAAAAAAAUAUUGUUAAAAUGUUAAUCAUCACUGAUUUGUCUAUUAAACGUAUGCAAUAUGUAAAAUAAUUUUUACUACUUUUUGCAUAAAAAAGUGGACUUAAUACUCGUAUUUAAAAAAUGAUAUCGCAAAUAUAUUUUUUUAAUAUUUUAUAAUAUAUCGCGAUUAAGUUAAUUUUUUCAAUUGACUACAAUUUAUUAAUUUUCUGUGAUAAAUUUGACAAAUAAACAGAGCAAAAGUCGCGACGAUCGGUCCAAGUACCAUUUCUUAUCGUAUAUAUAUCUUUAACGCUUAAUCUACUACGCUCGUUCGAAAAAAGAGGUUACCUACUCUAAUCGAAUUAGAUUUCCAAAGUAUCCAUCAAUCCAAUUUACAACAGUUUAAAUUCGAUUUUCAUGUAAAUUCUUGAAAUAUCUACGAACAGUUUGCAGGUUGCACAUUCGAAUGCACAUUUUACUUGAAAAACGUAUGUUUGUUAGUUUAUUUGCAGCUGCUUUGUCUUGGAAUAUUUCACUGUUUAAACUCUCUCGCGUUUAAUCUCAUAAUGAAUGCAUGUCAUUUCAGGAAUGAAUUUCGAAACAGCCACGAAAUAAAGCAUUUUGCAUUUGUUUCGACAAGGCUUGCCUUUUCUUUAGAAAUGCAAACGAUGCGCAUCUACAUCAGAAUUAGUUUGUUAACCGACAAAAAAUCAUAUUUUUAAGAGAGUUUAUUAGAAAAAUGUUUAUUAUUUCGUUUUUUACGUUCUUUUGUUUUCAUUCGAAUAAAUCGAACAAAUUCUAUUUGAUCUCUGUUUUAAAUCAAAUGUACUUAGAGGCCCCUCUCUAAUAUUUCAUCUCAACACAAAAAAUAUAUGAAUGUAUAUGUACAUGUUGUAAAAUAUUGUAUAAGUACGAUGAUGAAAGUAAUAAAAUGACGAUAAAAAUAUAAUUUUACGAAUGACGGAAAGUUUGUAGCUUCAGUAUGACGCGUGUGACGCGAUUUCGUAGACAAAUAUAACUUAAUGAAAUUGAAAAUUUUUAAUGGUGGUAAUUUUGCUGUCGAGCGGGACAAAGACGCGGGAAUUGACGUUACGCCAUACCAUCACGUGCUUGUAUCUUGAUUUUACCUUAAGAAAGAGGUCAAAGAACGCGUAUUAACGCAACCAACCAAACGACUUCUCUCCUUCGAAGAACCGGGUUUUCCCAGUUCGAACUGUUCGAAGGACAGGCGCACUAAGGAGUGGAAUCGGCCUCAAAAUCCGACCGGAUCCACCGGACCCACGCGUUUACAUCGCGUAAUAACGUUACGCUGUACGUUGUAAAUCAGCAGGCACGCGCAUUGUAAUUUUUUUACGAUUGGGUUUGCCGCGGCAAAUUUCAUUUACUCUAAAUCAAAUUUUAUUCAUGCUGUUAUUUUACUCAACAAUUAGCGUUAAAUCAACAAACUGUUAAAAAAAUUUAACUGCUCGCUAUUGUUACUUUUACUCAAAAGAAAUAAAGCUUUGAAAUUAAGCUUCGUUUUUGAAAUAUUCUUCUUGUAUUAAAUUAAUACAACGUUAGAGCGCGACGCUUCUAUCAAAUAUGAGCAAAAGUGCAAGCAAAUGUACCCACUGUAGAAGAUGGAAAUAAGAAGCAUUCAUUUUAAAAGAGGAAAGUGACGUUCUUUUGUGACGCAAGAACGUACAUACAUACCUCGCGCAUCGAAAAGACUUUUGACGUUGCGAAUCAAAUCGGAAACAGUAGGCAAGAGUAAGUAUACUAUUUUAAAAUGUACAUGUAUAUUAAAUGUUAAAAAUUAAACAUUGUUUGCUGAGACACUCUGGUACGUCUCUUGGAGACGUCUAAAAUUUUAUUUUUUUUCAAUUAGAGGAUUAUACGGGACAAGGGGUAAUCUGAUCUAAAAGAAAGACGUUUUAAUCAUAAUCGUAAUUUUCUUAUUUUACGAAUAGUAGUUGCGCGCAUUUUUGAGACGCACCAUUUUUUUUUUCCUCUAUAGAAAGAAAGGCGAAAACAAUCCAUUGAUCGCAGAUGCGAUUAUCAUAAUUAUCAUCCGAAAAGACCUCGAAACUAACCGCGGCGCACGGCUGCUCGCCUCACCUUCUUGCAAUGCAUAUAUAAAGACGCGAUUCACUCUCACUCUCAUUUAGUUGGCUUCGAAUGUUAUUCGUGUCCAUACGUCUUUCUCUUCUCUUAACGUUGUUAACUAAGACGUGCUGCGUUGAUUCGAAUCAAAACGCUUUUAUUCUGCCACUCGGUAGAUAAUAAAAAUGCGUGUUUCUCUUUUAAUCUUAUUCAUCGCGAUCGCGACGGUAACUGCUGAAAGUGAUGAAUCCUGGACUUGGAAUGACGAUAAACAAAAGACGAGCCGAAACGUCAAUGUCAGAUAUCAGGUGCACGAGCCUUCUGAACAUUUGGAUAGUUUUGACAACGGCAUUCAGUUAGGAUUUAGGCCUCAGAAUCCAGGUCCUUACGGUCCCAACGGUAGACCGCUCGUACCAGCGUACCAAGGCAAUAACGGCGUCCUCGUGGGUCCCGGUGGACCAACGGGAAUAAUUGGCAGACCUCCUCGUUUCGGACUGAACGAACACGACGGUCUGGAUUCGGUACCACCAUGGAUCAGAGAUGAUCCUCGUUAUCGAGAGUUCGACACUUGCAAGUGCAGAUACAGUUUCAAUUGUCCAUCACCUGGCUUGAAAUUUGGGCACUGCGCGCGAGAGAAAAAAUACUGUUGUUUCAACAGCAAAAGAUUCCCAGGAUUGUCCGAAGAGCAUCAUUACCCAUAUUAUCCUGGUGCGCCGCACAAAUACAGACCGAAUGGUUUUGCACCAACAUCGAUUUAUUACGGCAAUCGAAGACCGUACAACGGUGGCUACCAACAUCCGUCUUUCGGUUCCGACUAUUAUUCAGGAACUUAUAGCGGCAGUUAUGGUCACCGUAAUGAGUUCGAGUCGUUACGGCCACAUGACUAUGAUCCGGAACUCGACGAUUAUGUCAUCUACGGGAGAUCAUUAGGCAAGAAUCAAACGCAACCGAACGAAGAGCCAAAGACUCACGAAAAUACUAGAAAGUACUCGAAGGCGAAUGCACCGAUUACACAAUAAGCAACCACCAAAGAGAUUAGCGUCACAUGAGAGAAUACGCAUCUGCUGAAUUUCCACAGCAGCCUGAGGAACCUGAUGC